AUGUCCACGCGGCCUUCAAGGAUUUUCUCACUAACCGAACAAACUCUGAGAAAUUCUUCAUCUUUCCCUCCGACCAGGAACCUAUCUUCUUCUGCUGUUUCCAUGUUCCACUCACGAACAAAAGCAAUUAAUCACACACUGCCACGCCUAUUUCGCCAUUUUAUUGAAUACAAACCUUCUCAACAAUACCACACUUUUCGCCCCAGAAGACCCACCACCGAAUCUCGCCGUGAGCCACCUCAUAGAUCCACCUCAAGGCUUCGCAAACGCAUUCCUUUCCUCGCCGAUCUGAAAUCCGUGCAAGACCCAGAUGACGCCUUGUCUCUCUUCAAUCAAUACCAACAAAUGGGCUUCAAACACGACUAUCCCUCCUACUCUGCCCUCGUAUACAAACUCGCUCGUUCUCGCAAUUUCGAAGCUGUUGAAACCCUUCUUGAUUACUUACAGAAUAUUAACAUUCGAUGUAGAGAGACGCUUUUCAUUGCAUUGAUUCAGCAUUAUGGGAAAUCCCAAAUGCCUGAAAAGGCCGUUGAACUGUUUCAGAGAAUGCCUUCUUUCAAUUGCCACCGAACAUUAGUGUCUUUCAAUACCCUUCUUAAUGUACUUGUUGAGAAUGAUCGAUUUCUGGAUGCAAUUGGCAUAUUUGAUCGCUCAACAAAAAUGGGCUUUCGGAGGAAUUCAAUUUCAUUUAAUAUAAUAAUAAAAGGAUGGCUUGGAAAGGGGGAGUGGGAUAAAGCGUGGCAAGUGUUUGAGGAAAUGAUUGACAAAGAAGUUAAGCCCACUGUUGUGACUUUUAACAGUCUAAUUGGGUUUUUGUGUGGAAAGGGUGAUUUGGAUGGGGCUAUGGGUUUGCUUGAGGACAUGAUUCAGAAAAGGCACCGCCCGAAUGCUGUUACAUAUGCACUGUUGAUGGAAGGUUUGUGCUCUUUAGGCAAGUACAAGGAAGCUAAGAAGAUGAUGUUUGAUAUGGACUAUCAGGGAUGCAAACCACGCCUUUUAAAUUUUGGGGUUUUGAUGAGUGAUCUUGGAAGGAGGGGUAGGAUUGAUGACUCAAAAACUUUGCUUCUUGAGAUGAAGAGAAGGCGGUUUAAACCAGAUGUUGUGACGUAUAAUAUAUUGAUAAAUCAUUUGUGUAAAGAAGGUAGAGCUCUGGAGGCUUAUAAAGUCUUAGUUGAAAUGCAGGUUGGAGGUUGUGAACCAAACGCAGCCACAUAUCGGAUGAUGGUUGAUGGUUUUUGCCAGGUUGAGGAUUUUGAGGGAGGCUUGAAGGUUUUGAGUGCAAUGUUAAUGUGUGGCCAUUGCCCACGUUUAGAAUCAUUUUGUGAUUUGGUUGUGGGAUUAUUGAAGAAUGGGAAGAUUGAUGGUGCAUGCUUUGUUUUGGAGGAGAUGGAGAAAAGGAAGAUGAGAUUUCAUUUGGAGGCUUGGGAGGCUUUGGUUAAGGAUGCCUGUCCUGGAGACAGAGGUGCAGGGGGGCUUGUAAGGGAACUGGUCUCUGCCUACGGAUAG